AGACUGAUGACGCACCUCUCAUGAUUGGGCCGGGAGUCUGGAGUGUGUGUUUCGCACAACUGACCUCUCCCCACCCUUUCGACCACCUUCCACAACACCAUCCCUCCCUACAGUUUAUCCUUUCUUUCUUUCUCUCUACAAUUCGUCCCUAUUACCAGAUACCACUUACUUGAAGAAUCUCGUUUCCAGAUAUCCAGUCGGCAACAUGUUGCUGAAGCCGCUGACGCUUGCCGUCGCUGGCCUGGCGGUAGCCACCCAGGCUUUCCUGGUGCCUCCCGAGGUAUCCGAAUCCGAGGUCAAGGCAGCCAACGCCCUCCCCGUCGAAGCAUACGUCGUUCCCGACCACCAACUGCUCAACCUCACAUGUCCUGGCUGCCCUCUUGUGUUCAGAGGCAAGCAUGGCUUUGCCAAAAUCAAGACAGACAGGGUCAGUCACUUGGAGCUGGCGUUCGCCGUCGAUCAUGAGCUUGAUCACGACAGACUGUUCGUCAACAACUUCGAGCUCUAUCCAUCCUCAGACCCCUUCCGCUCCGCCCUAGGCGCAUCGCUUGUUCCAGAUGAUGUUGGUAGGAGGCACAAGAAGCAUCGCAAAACCCACAAGUCAUCUUCACCAUCUCGGCUAGGCUUCAGCCUUCAGGUCCACCACGUCGCUGAGAACAAGGAGCAAGGGUUGCAACUCAUCUCCCUCGAUCUCCAGAUCAUCGAGGUCGGGUCGAUGUUUGUGGAUGGCAUCCCGAACGUCCAUGUCAGGCUUGUCAAGGACUCCAAUGGAAGAUUGGCCAUCGGCAGUAUCGAGACGACAGAGUCACAGACACUCGGCUCCACGCCGGGAGGUAACCAGGGGGAGUGUACCACCCUGUUGUGCAAGUGGGUGACCAUUAUGAAGGACAAGCUUUCCCAUAUGAAAUCGGGCAAGAACUGCGCAGGAAAGAAGGCUGGUGCUGCUGAGGGAUCACAGCACGGCUAUCACGGGCAUCACAACCACCACGACAAUCAGAACAAUCACGACGCUCGCCCUGACGGGACCGAGCAACGGUAUCAUCGUCACAGUUGGGGGCUAUUGUUCAAGAGUAUCGCCGCCCAUAUUCUGCUUCCUGUUGCGGUUGGCAUCAUUGCCGGAGUCACCGUCAGCCUGAUUGGAAUGGUGGUUGGCACAUUCGUCGUGUCUAUUUUCCGGACCUUCUUCCGCCGCCCAAGUCGCCGCCGUGCUGGACGGGCUCUCCAUAAAGCCACUCGCAGCGAACCUGCCGUCGACGAGGAGAAGUCGGGCCUAAUGGUCAACCAGGAAGCUCCGCCGUCGUAUGAGGAGGAAGACGUCAACAAAUCCCAGGUCUGAUGAGAUCACGGGGCGCGGUUAUGUAUACAUAUGAGGGCAGUACAUGCGAGAGCGGGAAAAGAUUGCUCGAGUUCCGAAUCAUUAGAUACCAAAUUUGAACGCCGGAUGUUGUGUGUUGAUGCGCGGGCGUUUUUGAGGACUUUGACAGGCAUGAUGAGAGACGGAUUACUGGAUGGUUACGUUUCAUGUCGUUCCUUAUUCUCCUCUCGUGGUCUAUCCCAAUCACACUCCUUUGAAUUGAGGCUACCUAGGUAGUUAGGCAUCCAGAUGGAUGAAAGUGAUACACUCGAAAUAACCAAUAUGGAUGGUUGAUCCUC